ACGUCAUAACCCUGCUACCCAAUGAGAGCCCAUUAGAUUGCCUUUUGUUGAUUGGCAGAGACAGGCUGAACCCGGGAAAAAAGCCUCCGUCUCUCAGAAGUGUUUUUGGUGUGCGCGUGGUGGGGUAUUUUUGGUGGCUCGCCAGAUCUGGGAUCAGCAGAAAUCCAGGUGUGACUGAUCAUGGCAUCAUCAGAGAGGGGCAAAGGGAAGGAAAAGGACUCAAAUGCCCAAUUUCAGGCCCUUGUAGGCGAGGAAGAGAAGGCAGCCUGCCAAGCCUGCAAAUAUGAGAUGUGUGUGAAUCCAUCUGAUCCUCAGCAGCACAUAGCCACCAAUGGGUGUGACAGCACCUCAGAGUCUUCUGCAUCCCAGACUGACAAGGAACAUGGUGUUUCAGAGGGUUCUGGUCUUGCAAACACCAUGUUCAAGAGGACAAAGGCCUUGCAUUCCUGCUCAAUGAAGACAAACGAGGAAAAAGUAAAUGAGGCAGUAGUAACGAAUGGGCCCAGCACAUCUCCAGUGCCAUUCCGGUUUAGUGCCACUCCCACCUUGGAAGACAUCCGAAGCCUCCAGUCUGCAUUUGCAGCUGAGCGGGGCUGGGGAAAGUACCACCAACCUCGGAACCUGCUUCUUGCUCUCGUCGGGGAGGUUGGGGAGCUGGCAGAGCUCUUCCAAUGGCGGGAGGAAGCCCCUGAAGGCCUACCAGGGUGGACACCAUCGGAGCGUGAAGCCCUGGCCGAUGAGCUCAGCGAUGUCCUCAUUUAUUUGGUGGCAUUGGCAAAUAAAUGCCACGUGGACCUUCCUUCCGCUGCUCUCCACAAAAUAGAGAAGAACUGCCUCAAAUACCCAGCCAAGCGGGUCUAUGGUUCAUCCAAAAAGUACACAGAGUAUCAGCAAUAAGUAUGGACAGAACCUCUUCCUGGGUGGGAAGAAGAGAAACCAGUCUGUGGCUUUUAGAGGCUGCUCUUUUCUAACCAAGCUGCAAUGUUUGCUGUUUCAUGAUUUAGGACCUUAUCUGGAUGAGCAGGUGAAUCCCGCAAGCUCUGAUUCAAAGAUAGGCAGACAUCCCUAUUAUGGCGAACUCUGUUUUUAGUCCUUUGCCCUUUCCUUUCUUUUGUAAAGUAGAUUUGGGGAACCUGUGACCAUCCAGAAAGUGUUGGGCUACAGUUCCAUUACCUGAGACCAUGUUGGCCAAAAGUCAUAGGAGUUGGAGUCCAACCACAAUUGGAAGGUCAGUGUUUCUCAACCUUGGCAACUUUAAGAUAUGUGGACUUUAACUCGCAGAAUCCCCCAGCCAGUCCUAAAGGAGACAGGGUUGAGAAACACUGCUGUAGAUUUUCCAUCCCAAACUUCAAGGGUUGCAGAUGUAUGCACGGGAGUGCAAAGGAAUUCUCUGGAGAGGAAGUAAAGCUGAAAUGUCUUGCAUCAGCUUGUGGAAAAUGGUCUUUUGCAGAGAGAAAUAUGUGCCUUGUUCCUCAUGGAGGUGAAUCAAAUAUAAAAGGGCAAGGAGCUUUUAUACACUCCACUUUCUGAAUAGGGCCAAAUUAUUUCUCCAACUUGUGGCUCUCCUUUUGUUUGGUUUUUAAAGAAAAGUAGGAGGCCACCAUUUUGACCUGAAGGAUUGAAGGUUUCUUCAUGACUGCGUGUUCUUUCCAAUAGAAUUGGCCACCUCAAGCUGUUUUUCUAAAGCCUCAUUUAUAAUCCCCUUUGGGUCUCAAGCAAACACAGGGCAUUUCUGAGGAGAAGAAACAGUGGGAGGCUAAAGAAUGAAGUGGCUGUGAUGGUUUUCCUGCUCAAACUGGCAACAUGUUAUGGCUACCUUCAUAAAAUAAUAAAAGCCCAAGAGAUCGCUUGA